AUGCCUACUGCUACCGAAUACUUUGGCAUAUCUGUCAGCAAUAUUGGUCCUCUCACUACGACCUACACGCCUCCUCCGGAAUGCACCAGGGCAACAACCGAUCAUCUCGUCUAUGCCCUCGAGAGCUCCUUGGUAUAUGGAUUUGGUUCUCCAGACUGUGUGAUUGACCCUUAUGGAAAAUGUCUUCCCUCUGGAGCUGCCAUGGAUUCCAUCAUCAAAGAGUACAGUAACCCAAAGUCUGGACAAGGCAUUCAUGCGUUUCACUCUCCUGAAUCCACUGCCCUGAAGGUUGGACUACCGCUGGAUUACUUGCACACGGUGAUAAGACUGGAUCGGCGUAUAGAAGUGAUGGGCUCUGAUGAAUGGUGGCUCAAAGUCCUGGGGCCUUCCGAGACCCUGGCGUGGUGCUGCCCAAGCGGCUGGGCUUCUCUCCCCUACGGAUAUUGCAGGUCCUCUAUUGCCCCCGCUCUUUCAGCUGGGUACAACAGCGCUUGUUAUCAGGGAGUCGCCGAGACCGCGGGCAUUGUCACUGUCCACACUGUCGAGGGUGAACCUGUUUCUGAUACAGACGGGCUUCUCUCUUUCCUCCCUGACAUAACAUAUACUACGGAGACGGUUGCAUUGACUGAACGGUGGAGUGAUCCCAGUUUGGUUGCAUCCAUGGUUAUUGCUAGACAGUUUCCUGCGGUUGAGAUGAUCUACAAAGCUGAAGAUGUCAAGGCUGCUAAGAAUGGGUCCAAGGACGACGAGGAUGGGAAGGCUAAGGACGAUGAUAAUGCCGCGUCGACUCUGUCAAAGGUCGGAGGGGUUGCCUCAGGGGUUGCAUUGGUAGUCGGAUUGCUGACUGGAGCUGGUCUGUUGAUGCCUUGGUGA